AUGGUAGCAUAUCCUAUUCCCACCGGAGAGCGUCUGGCCAAGCUGCGGGAGUUAAUGCAGAAGAAAGAAAACGAUGUGACCGCCUACAUCGUACCCAGCGAAGACCAGCAUGGAAGCGAGUACAGUGCUGAAUGUGAUGAACGAAGGGCAUUCAUCUCAGGUUUUGAUGGCUCUGCAGGACUCGCUAUCGUCACCCUCAAAGAGGCAUUCCUGUUCACCGAUGGCCGAUAUUUCCUCCAAGCGGGACAGCAGCUUGACGACAACUGGACGUUGAUGAAGCAAGGGCUCCCAGAUGUCCCAACUUGGCAGGAAUUCCUGAAUAACAACCUCGAAGAGAAAUCGCGAAUUGGUCUUGAUCCCACCUUGAUUACCUUUGACGACUCGGAAACCCUCUCAAAAUCGUUGAAGCCCCGUAACUCUUCACUCGUUUCCAUAUCUCAGAAUCUUGUUGAUGAAGUAUGGGACACUCAACGUCCCCCGCGCCCCAAGAAUCCCAUCGUGCAUCUUGACGAAAAGUUCUCGGGUGAAUCUCAUACAUCCAAGCUCGACCGGGUGAAAGUAGCCAUUACGGAUCCCUCAAGUUCAAAAGCAAGUUAUCCCGGCGCCAAACCUCUAGAUGGAGCAAGCAGUAUUCGCAAGGUCCUCGUUCUCACCGCCCUCGAUGACAUUGCAUGGUUAUUUAACUUGCGCGGAUCUGACAUCGCGUGCAACCCUGUGUUCUUUGCCUAUGCCGUGGUUCAUCUCGAUGAUACCAAACCGAGGGCCAUUUUGUUCGCUCAGAAAGAGAGCCUCGAUGAAGGUAACAACUUGGGUGAUACACUGGGAGUGGAGGUAGAAAUUCGACCCUAUGAUGAGGUUUGGACCUAUCUCAAAAGUCUAAGCGAGAAGCUGAGAAAGGAAGUCGAGGGUAAGACUGAUGUGGACAAGAAAGUCGUCUUACUAUCGGACAAAUCGAGCCUUGCGGUUGCCGAAGCCUUUGGAGAAGAGAUUAUAACAACUGCGCCCUCGCCUGUAACUGCCUUAAAGGCAAUCAAGAAUCCCGUCGAGCUUGAGGGUUUCCGACAAAGCCAUAUCCGAGAUGGUGUUGCACUAGCCAGAUAUUUUGCUUGGCUUGAGGAAGCUCUCGCGAACGGGAAGAUCUUGACGGAAUGGCAAGGUUCCGAAAGAUUGGAGGAGUUCCGCAGCCAACUCAAGUCUUUCAAGGGCCUCAGCUUCCCUACCAUAUCGUCGACUGGGCCGAACGGAGCUAUUAUCCAUUACCACCCUACUUCCACUGAAAGUGCGAUAAUUAAACAAGAACAGAUUUAUCUUUGUGAUUCAGGAGGUUUGUACCUUGAGUCAUUGCUUUCAGUUCAUGCCGAUGAGAUUUUUUUAGCUCAGUUUGAGGAUGGGACCACCGAUGUCACGAGAACUUGGCAUUUUGGACAACCAACAGAGGAGGAGAAGCGCGCUGCUACCAGGGUUCUUCAGGGGCAUAUCGCUAUUGAUACAGCAGUUUUCCCUAAUGGAACGACCGGUUCGUGA